UCAGUAGUGAUUACUUAUAUCAAAAGAGCAGUUCAUCUAAGGAACUUCUCGGUCUCAUAAACAGUGUGAAAAUGGUGACUUAUAAAGUGACCGUAUCCACUGCAAAUAUCACUCAUGCCACCACUUUAAACAACGUCUUCAUUAAGCUGGUGGGCACAGAUGGGGAGAGUGAACAUAAGUGGCUCAUGGGCUUAAAAGGAGCUUCAUCCUUCAUCGCCGGAGUAGUGUCUAGUUUUAAGGUGUCCUGCUCUGUAUCCAUUGGAAAACUGGUCCUGAUAGAGAUAGACAAACAACCUCUCCCACUAAUGCCAGAAGACUCUUGGUUCCCAGACAAGGUGGUGGUGAAAUCCCCUGAGGGAGACACCUACAACUUUCCCAUCUACCGCUGGAUCACUGGCAGCGAGGUGCACCGUUUCAGAGAGGGAACAGCUCUGACAGUCUUCGAAGACGAUCAUCAUCUUGGUAGGUACAGUCGCCAGCAGGAGUUGAUUCAACGAGAGAAGGACUAUCGGUGGUCUGUGUAUGCAGAGGGAAUACCCCACUGCAUAAAGUCAAAAGACCCUCUUUCUCUGCCUUGUGAGGUCCAGUUCUCCUACACCAAGUCCACAGAGUUUUUCUUCACUGCAUCCACUGGGCUGACUGAGCUGAAACUGAAGGGACUGACUAGUUGCAAGGAGAAGUGGACUGACAUUGGUCAUAUCGGUCGGGUGUUCUGUGGUAAACGGACUGACAUAUCAGACUAUGUCAAGGAACAUUGGAAGGAGGACGCUUUUUUUGGCUACCAGUUUCUGAAUGGUGUCAACCCCAUUUUGAUCCGACGUUGUUCAGCUCUGCCCAGUAACUUUCCUGUCCCUAACGACCACGUAUACAUCCGUGGUCAGAGUAACUUGGAAGAUGAAAUGAAGAAAGGAAACAUAUUCCUGUGUGACUACAAGAGUUUGGAUGGAAUAAAACCAAACGUCAUCAAUGGGAAGAAGCAGUACCUGAUGGCUCCCCUGGUCCUGCUCCACAAAACACCUGAUGAUAAACUGAUGCCAAUUGCUAUUCAGCUGAAGCAGACUCCAGCAGCUGACAACCCCAUCUUCUUUCCUACUGAUUCUGAGUACGACUGGUUGAUGGCCAAGAUUUUUGUGAGAAAUGCAGAUUUCAAUGAACAUGAACUCAAUGUUCACCUGCUGCGCACUCAUCUGCUGACUGAAGUUUUUGCCGUGUCACUGCUGCGCAACAUGCCCAUGGUGCAUCCCCUGUACAAGCUCCUAGUACCUCACACUCGCUACACGCUGCAGAUCAACUUCUUAGCUCGACGUCUUCUAAUAUCUGAUGGUGGAUUUUUCGAAAAGUUUGUAGCUUCUGGUGGAGAGGAUAUGAUGCCAUUUCUGAAGAAAUCACUGUCCUCAGUGACCUACAGCUCCCUCUGCAUACCAGAGGACAUUGCUGAGCGUGGGAUGGAGGAUGUGCCGAACUUCUACUACAGGGAUGAUGGACUCAAGCUUUGGGAUAUCAUCCACAGGUUUGUGCAGGGAGUGCUCAGUGUCUACUACAAGAAUGACGCUGAUGUCAAGAAUGACUCCGAACUGCAGAAGUGGAUUUCGGACAUUUUUGAACAUGGAUUCCUUUCCCAAGAAUUCUCAGGAAUUCCUCAGAGCUUUACCACCGUGGCUGCGUUGGUCAAGUUUGUCACCAUGGUGAUCUUCACUGGCUCAGCACAGCACUCGGCUGUGAACACUGGACAGUAUGACUAUGGUGGCUGGAUGCCCAACACUCCCAUCUCCCUGCAACUUCCUCCACCAACCACAAAGGGGACAGCAAGUGAGGCCAGGAUGCUAGAGACGUUUCCUGACGUCAACACAACAGUCCAGGGAAUGUCCACCCUGUGGCUACUCAGCAAGCAGUCCUCUGACUUCGUCGCUCUCGGCCAGUACCCAGAAGACCAUUUCAGUGAGGAGAUUCCCUGCAAGGUGAUAAAGGCUUUUCAAGGAGACCUUCAAGUGUUAGGUGCGGUCAUCAAAGCCAGAAACGAGGGUAUGGCGGUCCCAUACACAUACAUGGAUCCAGCGAAGGUAGAAAAUAGUGUGGCCAUUUGAAUAUCAGGAAGUGUGACCUCCUCAACUGUUGGCCAAAUUUAGCUUUAUAUUAACAAAAAUGAUAAAGAGAAGAACUGCAUGUUCUGUUUUUUUAGCUGACACUAUAGUGGAAAGAAUCUACUGCAAUGUGAUCGUUGUAUGCCGAUCUGUGAUUUAUAUACAGUCUGAUUGAUUUAAAGGUCCAGUGUGUAGGGUCUGGAGGUAUCUAGUGAUGAGGUUGAGAUUGUAACCAAUUGAAGUCUCUCCUGUGUGCCAAGUCUGUUGGAGAACUACGGUGGCCGAUGGGGAAACGCGAGUGGUCUCUCUAGAGCUAUUUACAGUAUAACAGAGCCAGGGUGUAGAGUGUGUGUGUACGUGGGAGACGAGUGGUGAAGCAAGAGAGAGAGCGGCGGCGACAGGAGUGAGUAACUUUAUCGACUCUGGCCCAAACAGGAAAAGUUGAGUGUUUGGUUC